CGAGGACGGCGAGACGCCUUUGAGCUCGUCUUGGCCACCAUAAGCUCGUCAAAGAGCACCGUCGAUGCCCAGACUCGUUUGCCUCGUCAGCACAUGGAAUUUUUCCUUGGGGGCCGUCGUCGCUGGCUUUAUUUUCCGCCUUGCUUCCCUUUUGCCGGCGGACGGCCCGACAAAGACAACCUCAUCUAGGCCCAGAAGAAGUCGCUCGUUGCCACCCUUGGCGCUGCACGUGUCGUUGGGCAAGGUACAAUGCAGAUGCAGUCAGCCCAAAGAAUGCAACCUUGGCCUGACCCGACCGACAUCUUACCACUCACCCACUGUGCCACUCGAGAAGAGGGAAGGACAAGGGACCACGCCAGUGGGGAACGGGCAGUUAGUUCAUUGCCAGGAUGAAAAGGGCCGCCAGUACCAGCCAGCAUAGUAGGGCACGGUCUCCCGUUUGCGCCCAGGGCACAGGCCGUUGCAUGACCAACACCAACAGACACCCAGGGGUUCUUCUCGUCAGCUAUCCCAGACGGCCAAUUUGUGUUGAAUUGUCUCCCGUCUCCCCUUACCUUCUGCAACAAGCAGCUGGACGGCUAGGGCUGUCUGUGAAAGAGGCCAGGAAAAAUGUCCCGACUGGACGGUUGAGGAACAGAGAAACAUCCACUACUCAGCGGCAAGGCUGGCCGUGAGGGGCGCCCAGAAAUUUCGGGUACUUCUCGGGGCCUAUGGGGCCGCUGGCGGUCAUGCAUCGUGACUACGGGGACAGAGUAGGAGUGCUGAUUCUAAGGGUACCAUACUUAGCGAGGUGCGAGGUUGCAACGCCUGCCUUCUCCCCAAGUAGCCCAGGCCCUGGCAACUUCCUCGCCUCUCUCGACAAAUCAAGACGUGCAAGGUCUCGAUGUGGGUGUGCUGCCCGUUGUGUCUACUAGCAGCUGCCAUUCCCCAGUACCCAUCCCUGCGACCGGAGGAAUGCAGUCAAGACACACAGGUGUCUCGCCCUUGGCUGCAUCUGGACCGCCGCCACCCGUUCCUCUCAGGGAAAUACCUUCUCGUUUCUGCAUGCAAUAUCCAGAACCUUGGAAGUACCAGGUACCUAGCCGCUACUGCUCCUCGCCGUCUCCGGUUGGCCGUCUGCUGUCUGGGACGAGGUCACUGCAGAGGCAUCCGUUCCGUCCCUCCUCGCCCCGUCGCACUCACGCUGCUCUGGGCGGCUCAGUUCGGGCCCGGAACUGAGGUAAGCCACUGGAAAGGCGUCCUUCCAAGCCCCCGCUUCCUCUGCUCCUCUUCCGUCUUCUUUCAUGCCGGACAAAGGACGUCGCUGUGUCUUCUGCAUCCGGGAGACCUCGUGGGCUGGCAUUCUUUGAUCCGCAUCUGCUGACGACCAGACACCAAUGCGGCCUUAACUACAUUGCGUUCCAGUGGUUGACCGGGAUUUCCGAGGUCUAGCCUUUUUUCUUGCUUCGCUGGUUUAUCAUCAUGUCCCAGCUGUGAUACCCGCCCCUCCCACUCAUCUUCUUGCACCUCACUCCUUCCCUUCCACACAGACGUUGAAGAUUCGCGAUUUCGGGGGAAACUUCAUAUCCCCUUGUCCUCGUAGAUAGCGCUGCCUAUCUUUUCCCUGUCUCUUUUCCCUCCCCAUAUUUAGCCCUCCUUAUCGACAAAGCAGGGACGCACACAACAAUAACGCGGCCUCGGAGGCCUAAACGGGAGUAGAGAUGCCUCAAUCACGAGCUGCCUCCUUGGCUGGAGUCCUGCUCGGCGCCCUGGCCCUUACGCCAAUGACCCAGGCCCAGCAUGGCGGAUGGAUCAAGGACCAGGUCAACACAACCAUGUGCUUUUGGGAACAGCUGCGAGGGCACCAACUAAGGGACACCAUCUAUCUGGAUGGUGGCCUUCUCGGCUGGAGGCCAGGCAUGAGCACUGGGGAAUAUGGCCCAAUAAACGCCGAUAACAAUCCUUUCGCUCUCAUGUACAAGCUGAGGCUGGGAAAGGCGUUCAAUAUCACGGACAACAUCACCUCAGUGCUGGAGACUCUGUCGAAGGCACCUGGAUCGGGUGCCGGGAAUAACAUCGCCCCAAAUUACUACGACGGGGCUCUUCUGGGCAACGACAAGGCCUUCUAUUUAUACGGCGGUCUUCUGACCAAGACGGACACCCUCAGCGCGCCCGAGCGCGACAGUGUCUACGCCUACCGUGGCUACCAGGCCAACCCAGAGUCCCGCGCGGCCUUCUCCCCUGGAUUUUUCCUCAACAGGCUGCCCACGAACCUGACGCGCUACCUCGCAUACGGCGGCGCCGCGUCCGCACCGUCGGAGAACAAGGCAUGGUACUUUGGGGGUCAACACUCGCCGUCCUGGGGUCCCAUCUACACUCCAACGCUUAACAAUUCGGAAAACGCCAUCAACGCCUCCAAUACACUCAUCACUCUCGAUAUGAGUGGUCCAGAUGGCACGGAGAAGUGGUCCAACGUCACGCUUGACAACGUCAAGGGCCGUGCCAAUCCCGAACUUGUCUGGGUUCCCUACGGCGCCCAGGGUCUGCUCAUUGCCAUCGGAGGCGUCACCUACCCCGACUUCGACAACGGCAGGCUUCAGUCGUCAAACGCCGCGGCGAGCGAGUCUGAGAGCAAGGGGUUUACUGCCGAGGUCGACGUUUACGACAUCGCCAAGGACAAGUGGUACCGGCAACCUACUAUCCACACCGGGCCUGGCGCUGUGACGCGCGGCUGCACUGUGGUAGCUGCUGCUCAAGACAUGUCGAGCGUGAACAUCUACUACUACGGGGGCUACAAUGGCCGAGAUAUCGCCAAGGAGUUCAGCGACGACGUCUGGAUCCUCUCGCUUCCGUCUUUCAUGUGGAUGAGGGUCACCAACGGCAGGCAGGGAUACGGGCGCGUUGGCCACAAGUGCUUCAAGCCCUACCCAGACCUGAUGAUGGUGAUCGGGGGCCAAAGGUACCAGCCAACUACCGAACACCUGUGCCUUCAGGACGGCGUGAUUCAGCUUUUCAACCUCACCUCGGCCACGUGGCAAUCGAGCUACGAUCCUGCGAAAUGGUCCAAGUACGGGGUUCCCGCAACCAUUUUCAACAUGAUUGGCGGCACAGCAGAGGGAGGAGCCGACCAGAAGCGGCCCGACCCCUCGGGCUUCGCCAACUCGGAAAUGGCCGCCGCCUUCGCCAGCCCUUACCCCACCCAGAAGAUCACGACGUACUACCCUUACGCCUCGGCGGCGUCCAGCGACAACACGAACUCUAACCUGCCCGGGAACGGCGACGGUGGCUCGGGAGUGCCGAGCUACGUGGGGCCGGUGGUCGGCGUCAUCGGAGGACUCAUCCUCAUAACUGGCCUCAUUGCCGGCUUCUGCGUCUACCGACGCCGCCAUCUGCUGAAGCGCGACCAGGCGGGCGCGAGCGAGGUUGGGACGACGGACGAGAACGGCAACCGCAUCAUGAAAUGGAUGCGCGGCCAGCCGAGCGAGCACAAGGGCCCGCCCACCGUGACGGCCACCGAGGAGACCGCCUUCACGCCGUAUAUGGAGAACGGCCUGCCGAUACCCCCGAAGUCGGUCCAGAGCGUCCCCUCGACCACACCCGCAGCCACCGCAUACACCACGACGUCGCCAUUCCCGGCGGUCGAGAUGGCGGACACGCAUAGGGCAGAACUGAUGGAUACUUCGCACUCGCCCUGCAUCGAGCUUCCCCACGAGCCUCUGUCAGCAGCCGAGAUCGUGAACAAGCACCCACAUUUCGCCCACCAGCAGACCAACGGCGGGUCGAUCCACAGCUCCAACCUCUACUCCUCGAUCGUGCAGACUGACCACGCGUCGGUGACGUCGAGGUCCUCGCCCGCACCCGGCGCCUACCCGGGGCUCGAGCCGGGCGCCCCCGGGCGGCCGGACUCGCCCCCGCUGGGCGGCCCCGGGGGCUACGACACGCUCGGCGACCUGCCCCAGCAGCACCAGCACCAGCACCAGCACCAGCACCAGCAGCCGAACCCGCACGACCAGGGCGGCCCGCUGUCGCCCGUGUCGCGCCUCGAGUCGGGCGUCUCGGGCAUCAGCGACCGCGACCGUGGCCACCUACGCCAACUGUCGGACGAGACCGUCUCGUCGUUCGGCGCCGGCGGCGUCACGGCCGCGCAGGCCAACGCCGUCGUCUCGCCCUCGUCGGCCGUCGCGGGCCCCGGUGGCGGCCAGCUCCACCCCCUGGUCGGCACGCCGCCGCUGGUGUCGCCGCCCGAGUUCGGCGGCGACGGAGACGACUACCUCUCGGCUCGCGCGGCCCAGGCGGCCCAAAGGCCGCCGCAGCCGCCGCAGCGUGGACCGAGCAGCGGCAGCGUGGGCAGCCCGUUAAGGAAGAGCGUGUUCCAUGAGGGCGAGUAGAAGGGUCUUGGGUCGAAACGCUUGGCCGUCCGUCCAUCUUGACUAACUAGUUUGUCAUUUUAAUGUCUUUUUUCCUUCUUUCAUUCUCGCUCUCUUUGUUUCCUCUUUGGCCUCUCUCAUGGCAAUUCCGGUAUAUACCUUUCAUAGUGUCUUGUAUUGGUGUUGUCUCAGGAACCUUGGGUAAAACAACAGAUGGAGCGAUUUCGGCUAGGCUCUACCGUAGUUGAAAUCGAUCAUGUGCUAGGAAAGCAUUCCUAGCUAUAUAAAAAAGGACAGUAAUGUUUUCGCAAGCACAUGAGCGACUUUUCAAUGACACGAAUGCUCCACACUUUCGGGACCGUUGGGGCCUAGGCACUGCGUUAACAAGGCAAGAUGCAGAAAAAGCGGUGCUGGCCUC